AUGCUAAAAUCCAAAGUGCCUCCGAUGGUGGUCGACGACUCGGAGAUCGACGUCGAAACGAUCUCGGUCUCCUAUUUUCAAGGCGACGUCGAGGCCUUCCAGCCCGAGGUCGUCAACGACAAGGUGGUCGUAGAGGUGCGCGCCGAUCCGACCGGCGAGUUCGAAUUGGGUCACCGUACCCCGAUGGUUGCUCAGCCGAACGGCCGGAUGCGCUUCGACCCGGCCAAGGUCAAGCGCGAAGAGGAUGCGCAACAAUUGCCUUCUGCGACAGGACGUCGUCUACAGUCACCUUCAAAACGGCCCGAUCUUCCUGAAGAGGUGGCGCUGCUGUUGAACUUCUCGCAAAACGCGAAGCAGCCAGAUAAGGAGAGGGCGCAGCGUUUGAACUCGCUGAUGCGCGGCAACUCCAGCACGUACCCGAUGAUCCCCGCUCAAGGCCCUCUAAACAUCCACUCGGGGCCGCACCCAAAAAUUCUGCGCCGUGUGCCGGCCAUCCAGCCCGACCAGAUCCGGCUCUCGGCCUUUCUGCCCCCAGAGCCGAAAGUCGAGGUCGACUGCUACCAGACCUAUAUGGAAGACGAUCUCCCCAUCGGAGAUGAAGUGAGCGUGGCCACCGAUUUCCUCGGCGAGCACGACUACUUCCACAGCACCCCCUUCUCCGUCAAGACCAUCCGCCAGCGCGCCUGCCUCACCUCGCCCAUCACCAGCCUGCACGUGGAGCGCGAGAAAAAGUUUGGCCGUAAACCAAAGCUGUAUACCUCUCUUAGCCCGAUCGACAAGUCGAGGCCGAAACGUGGCCGCCCGCCCCGCUACCCGUUGCCCCCGGACACGAAGAUGGAGGACGAGUCUCGCGUGCGUGAGAAGGAGACGCAACGUCGGGCCCGUGUCGCCAAGAAGAACCGGCUGAUCAACCAGCGCGAGGUCGUCGACAAGGUGUACUCGAAGGUGACGCAGCUGCUGACGGACGUUCGCUUCGACCCGGAGACGCGCAGCCGACUCGACGCGAUCAAGCAUGGAUUGUACCAGAUUCUCGCCGAGCGUGAUAAGAAGAGCCAUCACGAGAUUGCGGCCCAUAUGUACAAGGAUUACUUGAGAAGUGAAGCUGGCGUCAUUCGCCGCCCGGGACCACUGCCAAAACACAUGCUCCCCGAGCUGGCCAAUGUCACCGACCCGAAAGAGCGCCAACGUCUUCGGAAUUGUGCGGCGCAGCGUCGGUACCGUGAGGCGACAAAUGCGCAAGAGCAAAUGUAUAAUGAGGUCGUCCACAAGAACGUGCCGGAUCUCAUGAUCCUCAAGCAAACGCUGCCCGCCGAUCUGGCGAUGGGCGUCGAGGACAUUGUCGGCGACCUCUGCUCGGCCACCAAGAAGAAGGAGCUGGAAUGCCUGCGCAUGUCCGUGCCAAAACCCGACGACGAUCAGGUGCUCGACGUCGGGACCAACGACGAGCUCCUCAUGAUC